GAAAAACUCAUAAGAAAUGUGUUGGUUGAUUUCAAGAAAGUAGUCUAUACCUAGAUUAUUUUUAUUGCAUGCCAGAUUUUGCUUUAGCCGACACUCUUAGAAAAAAAGGUUAUUUGGCUGUCCCCAUAGGAGAACCAUUUUUUGUUCUAGAUAGCACUUUUUUUCUAAGAGUGUAUUGAAGAAUGCAAGGCCAGGAUGCGCACUUGUACCAAACCUGUGUGUCAUUGGAUGAAAUUGAUUUGAAGACAUCAGGAAUCGACUGAUUGCAUAAAGGUGUUUUCCUUGGGCAUGGUCCAGCUCAAUGGUCCAGCUCCAAAGACCCGAUUGUUAUGAUGAUUUUCACGUGAUUAAGUCUUCUGGUAGUAGGACCUCCUAUUGCCUUAUAGGAACAAACAAAUAAUUUAAGGGGACAAGGGAGCGCAAUAACUUGGAGCUUUUAAAGUGAUAUUAGUUUAUCGUGGGCAGUGAAAAGCAUCAGUCUAUACUUCGGUGAGGCGCGUCAUUUUUGACCCACCAUCAGGAAUCGCAACAUUAUUUCAGAUUUGAGUGCAUCAUUGGAUGGGACAUUGAGAUGGCAUCAUCAUUAUCUGACAUGGCCAUGCUGGUCUGUGGGAGUGUGGAGGAGCUGAAGCGGAGGGCCCAGGGCCCGGUGAGGAGGAACCUGUUUGGGCCUGUGGACCACGAGCAGCUGCAACAGGACUUCCAGAGGCACCUGUGUAUGAGCGCGGAGUCAGCCAACAAGCGCUGGGACUUUGACUUCAACACCGGCCGGCCGGCCGCCAAGGGCGCCAGCGUGGAGUGGGAGGAGAUGAAGUGCCAGGAUGUGCCGGCGUUCUACCACAGCUGCGUGGUGAGGAAGCCGGUGAUUGGCAUCGCCGGGCGGAGGGCGGAGAGAGAGAACGUCAGGCUGGUGCGGGCAUCGUCUCCAGGGUCAUCCAGCUGUGGAGAGGAGUACCUGGAGGUGACCACCAGGGAGAGCUAUAGGAUCCAGAGGCAGGAGAGGAGGAUGGCCAGCCAGAGGGCAGGAGCAGUCAAACGGAGACAAGCCGCCAUAACAGAAUUCUUUGUCGUGAAGAAGAGGAGGGCCAUGCAUCACAAACGGUCCUCUCGGCAGUGAACACAGCCCAAGAAAGAGCACCAUUCAGUGGGCACACUCCGUUUGGAAAUCACCUCAUUAAGAUGAAUAUAUAAUUUCUGCAGAUUUCUGUAGCGACUCUGACGGUCAAAAAGCUCAUAGCUACAAUAUGUCUUAAAAACUCCUGACAAAAUCUGUUUGUUAUUUUCCACACAAGGAAGCUAACUGACAUCCUUUCAGAGUGAAACAUCUCUGAGUGGAAAUGAUGGAUAUGUUUGUAUAUAUAUUUAUAUAUCUGUAUUUCAUCUAUAUUUUCUAAGCUUGUAUGAUUGUCUAAGCUUUAGAAUAUACUGUGAAAUAAUUCAAAUGCACUCAUCAGGAAAAAAACUCAAUGGCUCUGGUGUAAGAGACUUCUUCCAACAGAACCCUUGGUAUAGUAUUUCUUAACUCCCAACCACCUCGGCGCACUCUCUAACAACCUCUCUCAGAGUUUUGAUAAGAGGAGUUCAACUAUUCCUGACCUCACUCCACGUGUAGUCUUCAGUUUCAUCACAGCUGUAAAAGUAUCAGCCACAUGAGUAAGAGGCCCCGGGGUCACCUCAGGUCAAAUUGGCAACGUGACCAUGAUUAGCCUAGGGUGCAAAGGUCAACGGUGAAGUUCCAGCACUUAGGCUAUCAGGCUGUGCCUGCAUCGGUAGGGACUUAUUUUUUUAAUGAUAAUGAUACAUCUUAUUGAGUAAUAAUAUUUGUCAAUAUAUGUCUAUUAUUACGGUAUUUUUUUUAUUCAUAACAACAAGAUACUAAAUCAUCAUAUAAGCUUUUUGCUUUGAGUAUUAUUACAGAGUGAUAUAAGGUGUCAGUAGGCAACAAGCUUAAAUUAGCUUAAGUUAAUUCUCAAAUGUUGUUAUUAUGGCUGACAAUCACUUCACCGUUGGCACCACCGUCUCUGUAAAAUGUGCCUAAAAUGUCAGUACAAAACUGAAUAAAAUAAAAGCUUAUUUAUUUUUUUGCCCCCUUUAUCUUAUUAAGGUAGUAAAACAUAUUCUUGGAAACUGUUUGGUAACAAAACUGAAUAUAUCUCGUAUGUUUGCUUUGUUGGCUAAAUCCUUUUAACAAUGUAGCAUUUUCUACUCUUGUCUUUGUAUAAUGACAGCCUCUAGGUUUUGAACAUGGCUCUUUUCUGUAUGAAGGGAAUGUAGCAUUGACAUUAUUUUGACUAAUGGUGUUGCAGUUCACAAAAGUACAUGGAUCCUUGAUGCAUACGGAACAUUCCAAGUUCUGUCAGUAAAUUAUUAUUUUUAUGAGGAGCUGAGCUGUAACACAUUUCUAUUGCUGUGCUAAAUACUAGACUGUUGUGACAACUGAAGCAGUUGACCAAAAAAAAGAAGAAAUAUAUUAUUUGUGAGUCAUCUGUAAGCAUUGGCUUGAGUCAAGGGACAUAGCCAUAGAAAUCCACAUGCCUUAAGCAUCUCCAAAUACAUCUCAGAUAUACCUGUGAUUAAUAUACAGUAUCACAGAUUUAUCCAUUGGCAUUACAUUCCAAACUUUAUGGCAUUCAUUCUCCAUAGCCAGAGUCACAUCGCAAUACUGUAAAUAAUGGUGGCAAAAAUAGCAGUCCUACAGGGAGUGCCUGUCCCUAAAUGUGUCAUGUUUGAACAAAUAGCCAUAAUCUGGAUUACCUACCUCAUUGAGCGAUUGACAAAAAAGUUAAAAUAAAAAAUAAAAAAUAUACCAAAUAAAAAAUGACAAACAAUUCCAACAUAUUUGUUUGAUACAUAUUUGAAACUACAGGAGAUAAAAAAAAAUUAUGUUCAUAGCUGGUUCAGUGGGAUAGCGGGUACAGACCAUAGGCUUUAGUUACACAUCAGGUAAAAUAGUCAGUGUGUCAGAGAGAUAGGCCCAUUCCAGCUCAAAGCAGAACUGAGGAAACUCAAGACCUCUGGGAGUCCUGGCCUUUGUUAUUUCUAGCUCUCUGGCUUGCUUUGCUUUGACUGGUUUCCCAGAACUAGACAGAAUUGAGGAUAGGGGGCAGGGACUUUAUUAAUAGACAGCAACAGAAUGAUGUCCGAGACCAUGAAUCAAAGAGGUUCUAUAGCCAGAAAAGUGGCCUGUGUUCUAGACGGUUUUUGUCUGGAACCAUAGAGGUCCUUAUAACACUCCCCUCUUGACUUGCCAACGAAGGUAGCGAGUCAUGUCAACAGAACAUUUUUAUUUCUGUUUACACACUUCACCUCACAAAUGGAAUCGAUUAUCCGUUUUUAUUUAAUAAUAUUUUAUUGUGUUUUUGUUGUUGUUUUGUGUGUUUGGACUAUAUAUGUGUAUGUUGGUUUAUAUGCGCCUGUCUUUCAACGUGUUCAAAACAAAACUUUAAAAGUCUGUUAACUUAUUUUUAACUAUGUAUCUUGUUUUUGUAGGGAAAUUAUUAUAAAUGCCCUUUCGGUAAAACUAACUGAUUAUGUGUAUUGUUGAACUGUCUUUGCACUAAAACAUUAUUGACAAGAUAAUUCUAUAUUUCUGAUGUUAUAGAGCUACUCUCAUGGGAGGGGAAGUGUUUAGAAAAACCAAACCUUCACUGCUUAACUGGGACACAGACUAUGGGCUAUCAUAGUUUGGGGUCGGACACAAAAUGAUAAAUAGGUAUUAGGUGUUUUCUUGGUAUUACAACAGUGUUAAAACAAGGUAAUACUCAGCCUUAAUAUUACUGACUACUGGUUUUCCCAGAAUUCCCUUGGCAAGCGAACUGUGAUAAGUUAAUGAUCAUAGAUCUGUAUAGAGCUACUGGGCUGCUCUAUCCUGCAUCCCCCCCUGGCCAACAGUGUGUCCCACAGUGCUAAAAGAAACUUUGCUCUGAUUCACAGGUAUAUCAAAACAUAGUAUUGUAUGCCUUAUAUGCAUGAAUGGAUAUCCUCAUAUACGUUUUUGAUAAUAAGAUAAUGGUUAAUGUAUGCAAAGUGUAUUACAAUGUAAUUACAUGGGAAAAUAAUAUUAGCUUUGAUUUGGUUUGGUAAUAGUUUGAAAAUAAAAUCACACAUUUUGAAGUUGUGGACAUUUCUGUGGAAGAUUCAAUGAUUGUUUUUUGGUGCACUGUUGACUUUUAUGUUAAUUUGUUUCAGUAUGUUUCAGAUUAUUAAAGAUGUAAAUAAAUGAUAUAAAUAUACUACAAAGUA